AGUGGUUCUGACCCUGGCCUGUGACGUCAGCAGAGAUCUCAGAUUCAGGCUCAGCUUGAUCACAUGGAUCUUUUUCCUCUCUGAUAAACUCUAACGUGGCCCGGCUCUGGGAUUUGCAGGGUUCUGGUCUGAGUCCGUCUCCUGGUCCAUGCGGGUCUGAUUCGGUCGGAUCGGAUCUUUUGCUGUGGUUCGGAACUGUGUUUUUUUGCACCGCUCUGAACUUUUCGAGCAUCUCGGGGCUUCAGCUAGCAUCGACGAGUUGCAGCGAGUUCUGCUUUUUGAUUUAAAACUUUUUCCGCCUCGGAUUUUUUAUUGUUUUAUUUUAUUUUUUUGCGCACGGCUCUGUUAAAAAAUAACGAACCGUGCUGCCGCCGGUGGUUCCGACCCAAACUCCCGGUUGAGCCUCCUUUUUGCUGCCUUUUUAUUCUGGCAGUAGCAGGGCAGCUAACAGGCUAACAGCGAAGUUGAACGUUAGRCUGAGCUACUUUUUGUUUUCCUCGUCAUGCCGGCGAUGCUGGAAAGGAACCCGGAGGCUCCGGGGAAGAGGAGAGGCCGAGCCCCGACCGGCAGCACCGGCGGCGGGCCCGGGGCGGCCGGUGGCCCCGGCGGGAAGAGCCUGUCCGGUAAUGGAACCAGCACCAACAGCUGCUGGGAAGAAGGAAGUUCGGGCUUCAGCAGCGACGAGGAGCAUGGUGGAGGAGGGAUGCGGGUCGGACCGCAGUACCAGGCCGUGGUUCCGGACUUUGACCCGGAUGUGGCCCAGGCAGCGCAGCGCAGAGACAACUUGGGGAUGUUGAUUUGGAUCCCCAGCAGCUGCCUGAACCAGAACCAGGUGGACGAAUACAUCAACAUCGCCAAGGAGAAACAUGGAUACAACAUGGAGCAGUCUCUGGGGAUGCUUUUCUGGCACAAACACAACAUAGAGAAAUCUCUGGCCGACCUGCCGAACUUCACUCCGUUUCCUGACGAGUGGACGGUGGAGGACAGGGUGUUGUUUGAACAGGCCUUCAGCUUCCACGGGAAGAGCUUCCACCGCAUCCAGCAAAUGCUGCCUGAUAAAUCCAUGGCCAGUCUGGUGCGCUUCUACUACUCCUGGAAGAAAACCCGGAGUAAAAUGAGUCUGAUCGACCGACAGACACGGAAACCCAAACAGGAGAAGGGAGACAGCGAUGAGGACGGUGAGUCCGCCAACAAAAUCCCUCCCAGCGACUCCGAGUUUUACUCAACUAAAGACAAGAAGGAGCCGAGUUCCGAACCCGAGAGGUCUGAGGUGAAACCAGCUUCUAGUUUUAAGCAGACAGGUGGGAAGGUGUCUCAGCGGAUGAAGAAACGUCCUCCCAGAGGAAUGUUCCUAAGCCAGCAGGACGUGGUUUCUCUGGCGUCCUCGUCGGCUCAGGGACUCAUCAGGCAGCUGGACUGUCAGCUGGUGUC